CUUAGUUUUUACUCACAGGUUUAAUAACUUUUUCACCCUUCGCAAUUUUACUCGUGUUUUAACAUCGAAUAAUACUUUGGUAAUUGAAUUAAGAUGGCACGUAAAGUACAUGUUCCCGGCUCUGCCAAACCAGAAUCUAAAAAACUAAACUAUUCUCUUAUAUUCAGUACCUCCCGUCAAAUAUUUUGGUUCAUACUUUUCGUACUUUUCAUCGUUAUAGACGUUGCGGAAUUAGGUCUCGUUUCUCAACAAAUACAUAAAUAUGGUCGAUAUGCUCAAAAUUGGCCAACGGGACAAUAUCAACAUGCAAUGGGAUUAUUAUUGUUUAGUAGUAUAAUUUCUUUGCUUUUUGGAAUUUUCCAUUGGGCUUUAAGUUUGUUUUUGUAUUUACCUAUAUUUUUGGCAAUGGGAGUUUGGUGGGGUACAGGAGCAGGAAUCAUCGAGUCUACUCCAUUCGGUCACGGAUUACAAUGUGGUAAUCCCGUCGAUCGGUUUCCGACCGUAUGGCAACCUUACGUACAUGAAUGUUCUAGGGUUACAGCUAUUGAAGGGUUAGCUUGGGCCAUGUUCGCACUCUCCGUCGUGGGACUUUUCUUCACUUUCAUCGAUAAAUUCAGCAUCACCAGUCGACGUAAUGUUGUUUAUAACAUCGAGGCAGAGGCCGAAGCUCAACCUGUGAAAGCAUGAUCCAUAUCCACCUUUCCAUAUCCCCAUCCAUUUUUGUGCAUGCGAAUCUGAUAAUCGUUUGUGAUCAUCUGUGGAAUGAGGCGAGAAAGGUGUUUUGGUGAAAGAUAUGGAAAGAAAGCGUUUAUAGAUGUGGGCAGAGGAAUCAAGUAUAAUUCAAAAUUCAGAAUCCAUAUAUAUUUGUUGAUAAUU